CAUUACGUUAGUAAAUUGGCGGGAAAUCUUGUUUUUGACCUUUUCUUUCAUGGGCUGGCGGAUUCUGAUUAGUUUCUGUUUCGGGUUCACAGGACAGUUAAUGUCUGUCGAAAUUGGGCGUUCUUACAUAGAUUAACUUUUUAAGGAUUUUUUUUUCCCACUGUUGGUUCUUUGUUUAUUCACUGACAAAUUGGUGGAAAGUCCUUGCCUUUCUCUGCUGGGUGGCAGGAUUCUGUUUCUAGUUCUUUUGUAUGAUUUUUAUUUAUUGGUCCUAUACUUGUUUCCAUAAUCUGAAGUUACCAUCUGAAGGUUCUGUUUUUUGUGCACUUAUGGAAGUAUGAGGAUUCAAGUUAAAUGCAUUUCAUUAUGUGGUUCGGCUUCCAAAUCUAAUUCGUUUUCCCAUUCCUUCAAGGUAAGUGACUGGGACAUGGGGAGGAAAGGGAGUUGGUUUUCUUCAGUGAGGAAAGUUCUCGGUCCUCAGUCCAAGAACGAUCAGGACAAAAAGCAGAAGUCAGAUGAAGUAGGAUAUGACAAACACAAGGAAGCAGCUUUGCCAAAUGAAGAAGCACAAUCUGUUGUUCCUCCUGCUAUUCCAUCCAAAGAAGAUAUUAAAUCAACUGGAGCAGAGAAUGAGCAUAGCAAUUAUGCUUAUUCUCUGGCUCUUGCCACUGCUGCAGCAGCAGAGGCUGCUGUUGCUGCUGCUCAGGCUGCAGCAGAGGUUGUCCGUCUUACUAGUGUGUCCCGCUACCAUCUAAAGUCGAAGGAAGACAUGGCAGCUAUCAAGAUUCAGACGGCAUUUCGAGGAUAUCUGGCAAGAAGAGCAUUGCGGGGCUUGAAAGGUUUGGUGAGGCUGAAGAGAUUGAUACAGGGGAAAUCUGUUAAACGACAAGCAGCUUCUACCUUACGAUGCAUGCAGACCCUCACACGAUUGCAGUCUCAGGUCCAUGAGAGGAGGGCUAGAACGUCAGAGGAGAACCAAGCUCUUCAGUGGCAGCUGCAGCAGAAACACGAAAAAGAACUUGAGAAGUUGCAAGCUGCUCAGACUGGUGAAGAAUGGGAUGAUACAGCGCAAUCAAAGGAGCAAAUUGAAGCAAGACAGUCCAAAAGGCAAGAAGCUGCGGUUCGAAGGGAGAGAGCUCUGGCCUACGCAUUUUCACGUCAGCAAAAGUGGAGGAACUCUUCAAAACCUGCAAAUCCGACCACAUUCACGGAUCCAAUCAACCCACACUGGGGUUGGAGCUGGCUAGAUCGAUGGGUUGUAACACAGCCAGGGGAUAUCCAAAGAGGUAUGGUUCACAGUGGGCGUGCAUCUGCAAAGAGCAUGGCAAGCCAACCCUUGUCUGUUGGAGAAGUCACUAAACUGUACACUUCUCGCGGUCAAAUCCAUCACAGUAACAACAAGCCUUCUCCGGCUGGCCAACAAAAAUCAAGCCGGCCCCCGAGUCAUAGGUCGUCUUCAAUCCCACUUCAGAAGGCCCCCUCUGUCUCAUCUACUUCCAGCAGCAAAGUAAGGGCGCCAAGCCCAAAGACCGGUUCUUGGGGCCGUGAUGAUGACUUGAGGAGUGCAGUUAGUGCUCAGUCACAACGGUACCGAAGACAUACUAUUUCAGGUCCAUCGUUCAGAGACGACGAAAGCUUUGCAAGUUCAUCUGCCCUCUCUACUUGCACGGUUCCUACUAAGUCAGCUAAGGUCAAGUCCAGAAUUGAGAGUCCAUCAGGUAAAAAUGGGACACCAGAGAAAGGAUCCAAUACGAAGAAGAGACUUUCCUUCACAGAUUCCCCUGCUCGUUUGAGGAACCAUUCUGGCCCUCUUAAGGUGGAUCUUUUGGCUUCCAAUAAGGAUGCUGCUUCAGUCACUAAGAAGAAAGUUGCCAAUAAUGGUGGCAGGUAGUGCUGGGAAGUGAAGAAGAAUGCCACUGGUAUAUAACAAGAGCUUGGUAGGAUUGUGAAUGAAGAAGAUAUAAAAGAAGAAGAUGGGGAUGUACAGGGCUUGAUGGUUGCUUGUGUGAUCAUAUUCUUGAAGAGCAAGAUAGGGUAAUAAUGGAUGAUUAUUUUGUUCAUAAAGCUGUAUUCAUAGUCAUAUUCAACAUCUUUUUUAUUUUCUUCUUCAGUUUGAUUACGUAAUGUAAACAGGAUUGGUUUGGGGGUGAUAAUAAUUUAAUGAUAGAUUUAUUUUUUGUUCUAA